UUCAUCUUCAAACAAUGUCUUCAAGAGCUAUUUGCUUUAACCAGAGGAUUGAUGAAUACAGCCUUCAAAACGGGGUGUUGAGAAUGCCAAGGAAGCUUGUGAGUAAACAUUGGGAUGGAAUCUCAAACCCUGUAUCUCUUUUGCUUCCUGGUGCUACAUGGGAAGUAAGAUGGGAAAAACGUGGUUAUGACGUUAUCAUGUUAGGGGAUGAAUGGAAGAAUUUUGCAAUGCAUUAUUCUUUGGAUGUGGAACAUUUAUUGAGGUUCUCCUUCAGGCAUGAUUCACAUGUUAGAAGAACACAGUUUCAUGUUGAGAUACAUGAAUCUGGCAUGGAAAUAGAUCACUACCCCUUUAAACAAGGAAGUGCUGACUCUGGUGAAGAAAGUGACAAGAGUACUGAUGAUGAAAAUGAAAAUGAGAAAGAGGUUCAUGUUUCUUCGAGACACCAGAAAAAAAGGCCAAAAUCUCCCUUACCAGUUUCUCGUUCUCCUAAGAAGGUGAAAACCAACUCAAAAGAAGGUAAAGUAAGUUAUCACAAGCAGCAGACAAGAACUGAAUCUGGAAGGGUAAAGCUUGAGAAUAAUAAGCUAAAAAACACAGGUCAAAAACAAAUGAGCCAUGGUAGAGGAGAGUGCUCAAAAUCUGCCUCUAUUGAGAGUGAGGAGGAGCCUUUAAGAGAUACUAAAAUUGGGAGUACUGCAUACGAAAGAGCCUGGACUUUCAAAUCUGACAACGACAUCAUUUGUAACAUGGCCCCUUCAUACCAAAAUGCGAUGUCACUGCCAAAAGGAUUUAUACCAACACAUUUACAAAAGGUGGAAGGGGAAGCAGCACUUUGGGAUUAUAAGAGGAGAAUUAAAUGGGAUGUCAGGUUCAGGCAGAAUCCAACCAGUAAUCAAGUUAAUCUUUCUACUGGUUGGAAGAAAUUUCGUGAGGAUAAUAAUUUGAAUAUAGGUGAUGUGUGUGUUUUUAAGAGAAUGAAUAAUUCAGCAGAAGUUUCAUAUAGAGUUAAGAUUUUCAGGGCCACAAAAGCAUCAAGCCCUCACCAUGUUGAAGGAGCUGAAAGAGGAAAACAAACAAGUCCUGGAAAUAACUUUGCUGAAAGGGGCAGUGAAAGAAUUGCAAAGAAGUCCUCAAUAACUAAUGUCUUGGAUAAUGAUUAUGAUGGUUCUGAAAAUAACAGCAGAAGGCUAGAGAAUCAAUUCACGAUCACUUUGAAGAAUACUGAUAGGAGUAUACCCAUGGGAUUCAUCAACAAAUAUGUCACUGCUAGGGUAACAUAUGCGAUACUGCAAGCUAAGAAUAAAGAAUGGCACGUGCAGCUAUGCUAUGAUCGAGAGGAUGGUUCUGCAAGAUUCCUUUCUUCUGGUUGGUCUAAAUUUGUGAGGGAUUGUGAGUUGGAGGAAGGAGAUACAUGUGUCUUUGAGCUGGUUGAUAAAGAAAAAUUUGUGCUCAAAGUUAGUGCUACAAGACUUAUUGUUUGAGUUGUUAAUUGAUUACCCCUGUAACUUUUAAUUAACACCUUCUUAGUUUACUUUCAUGGAUUGUUUAGAACUUUGUGAAAUUGUCACUGAAUAUUGAAUAAUAGUUCAAAUAAUAGUUCAAGUGAUAAGAAU